AUGGGUUGUUGCUGUUAAAAAUAAGGCUAAAAGGGAAAGAAUAAUAUUCCCAUUUAAUAAACUCCAAUAAUAGUCAAUAAUUAAGAGAAUAAACCAGUCAUAGAAGUAAUAAUUCCAAAACCUCUUGUUCAUCUUCCAGAUUCACCUUUGAUUAAGAAGCCAAUAAAAAAAUAACUGGAUAUUAGAGAAAUAAAUUUACUAGAGUCACAAAUCAUAGAAUAAUUAUAAUCAGAAAUAUCUGAUUAAUCUGAAAUAAAGAAAUUUGAAGAAUUAAUUCAAAUACUCGAAAAAGAAUCGACAUAAUUUUAUAAUAAAAAAGGUUCAAUUGAAACAUAAUUAACAUAGUCAUUUAUAUAAGACGAAAAUAAUUUAUAAAACUAUUCAUAUAAUUAAGACUUUAUUGGAGUUAAAGUAAAUAAUAAAAAUAUUUGUGAUAUUGAGAAUAAAUAUGAUUUCUCUAAAAUCAGAAAAUUUACAGAGUAUAAAGGAAGGAUAACUAUAGUGAGAUUAAUUUAAAAAUAAAAAUCAACUAUUUGCACAUAUAUAGGUAAAAUAGAUCAAAAAUAUUGUUGUGUCAAAUUAAUACCAAUGGCAAAAAGAGUUGAUAUUGAUAAAUGGAUAAAUCGUGUUAAAAUUGCAUAAUUAUAAUAAGGUGACUAUAGAUUUGAUAAUUCCUUUUAAUUGUAUUACUAUUAUAAAAUUGAAACAAUAAUGGAUGAACCAUAAUAUUGUAAUUGUUUCAUUAUUAGCAACUUAGAAUAAUAUAAUUUUUAUACCUUUAGGUAUUAUAACUGAUAUAUAUAAAUUAGUCGCCAUCCAUCAGUAACCAUAUCAGAAAAAGCAUAAGUUGCUUUUGAUAUCAUUCCAAUUAUUUAGGGUGCCUUAAAAUCUAAUUAGGAAUUGAAUUCAAAUCAAUCUGAUUAAGAAAAAGUUUCAGAAUUAAUUUUUAAAAGAAUGAAAACAGUGAAAAGAAAUAAUAUUUUGAUAUCCAGAUUAUAAAAUUAAGAACAAAAAUUAAAAAUAUUACUUUCAGAUUGGUAAUUAUUACUUCCAGAAUUUGAACAAAUUAUUCCAAAUAAAUAAUUGUAAGGAGAAGAUUAGCUUAUAGAAAUAAUGAGUUAAAUAAAUGAAUCAGAUUAUAAUAAUUUAUAAGAAGGAGCAAGUUUGACUGAAUUGGUCCCUAAAUAUUUUUUGAAACUUUUAUUUUUCAAAUUAAACCUUGAGUAUUUCUAUUAUAGAUAUUUAGGUUACUAAAUGAUGUAAAUUUAUAAGGAUUUUUUAAUGAAGCAGAAUUUUAAAGUAAGUGUGAAAUUUUAAGAUAAUUUGAAAAUGAUAAUGAAAAAGUUUUACAGCAAAAUAUUGAACAUUAAAUUAAAGAAAGAUAAAGUAUUUAACAAAAACCAAACUAAAUUGAAUUUAUGAAUAAAAAGUCUUAAUAAAUGUGCAAUUUAUUUUAAUUAAAUCCUGAUUAAAAUAGGAAAACUAUUUAUGAAAUUUAUUUGAUAAUCAAUAACUUAAAAUGUGAAGGAAUGCGAUCCCAUUUUAGAGAUUAUAAUCAAACUAUUUCCAAUUAAAAUAAUGUUAAUUAAUAGAAUUAAUGA